AAACCUUUGCCCGUUCCACAACUUCCCCUACCAAGAUUAAUGAAAUGGCUUCCCACCAUGCCAUGGAGACCAAGGGUGGUCCUAAGAGUUCCAGGUCUUAUGAGCCUGAGGUCACACUCCGGAGGAAGGUGGAAGACCCACCCACGAAGGACCGUAAGAAGGAAAAGGAUGAUCAUCAUGACUUUAGACCUCUCAGGAAUUUUGAUGUAAGAUUUCUAAGAGAGGUGUCGAGGAGGGCGAGGGAUAGUGCGAGACUUAAUUCCAGUUAUCCAUAUGCCCAUCCAGUGUGUCCAACGAUAAAGGAAACUAAUGGCUAUGCAGGGGCUUCUGACGGUCAGAAUAAUUCAGUCAACAACGGAAUCCAAGCUGCUGUCAAAAUGAUAUCUAAGGAAGUGGCGACUGUACCAAGAGAUCUAUUGAAAAAAACUGUGGCAGUUCCCGUUUCCCCCACAUCGUCAGCAGUUGAAGAUGUCAUGGAAGAUGACGUGCUGACCCGUUUUAAAAGUAGAACUGUUGAAAACACGUUUUCUAGAAGGAAUGGUCAUACUACAAGAACUUUAGACAUACAUGAACGAGAAAAGUUGAACAAGCAAGCGUCGGUACAAGCAGCCUGUAGUUCCAUUGAUAUAAAAACAACCAGAUGCAAAUACUGUGAGAUAACAAGUAAAUCACAGGAAGAAAUGACUAGAAUUACUCAAAAGCAUGAAGUUAUUAAAAGAAGAGACAUGAGUCGAGGAGAUGUUGGAGAAGAUGCAUCUGAGUGUUUCGAAAUCCAUAGUGACAAAGUAAAAGUAAAGGUGUGGGGAGACAAACUCAAAAGGCUAGCUCAGAAGUUAAACAGGCCUGGAGGUGAAGAAAAACUAAGAAAUAAAAUAGAAAAGUACUUAAAACAAGUACCUGAACAAUUAUCUGAUGGAGAUGAGGAACGUGUAGAAUUUAGAAAACAAUUGCCCAAUGAUAUUAUAAGAAAACUCAAGAAGCUGUAUAUGAACCCACCCGAGACGAAUUUUAAUAUUUACAGGAUGGAAUUAUACAAAUACUGUAGUAGAAAUAAGAUAGAAAACUUAAGGAAAGCGGUAUUUAAUUGGACAAAGGCUUUGAAUAUCAAAAAGAGAGAUUACUUGGGCAGAACUUUGAAGAAGGAAGAUAUUUUCAAAUUCGUAGCUGAUAAAUUAGAGCCCGUUGUACUGGCUAGACCACCGUCUGAUACAGAAUACAGACUGACUUUAACGUCGCAUAUUGGACAAAUCGUUGAGGAACUGCCAUUAGCGAUAAAUAGCCACAGUAAAGAACUAUUAAAUAAAAUUACAGAAAAUCUUGUCAAUGAUAUUUUAACAGCGGAAACUAAAACUCAUGGAACGUAUGUUCAGCCAACAACAAAAGAGAUAAAAGAGUUUGUCAGAGAUGAAGUAACAUUCUUCCUUCAAAAAUCACGCGUUGCUGUCAGUACGAAGAGAAUGGAGUAUCUUGAGGCAGAACUGAUCGAUGUUUUACUGGACAUUGUAAACAUUGCCGACGUCGACGAUUAUGUCAUCGAUAACGUUACUACUCUAUUUAAAGAGUUAGGCAAGCUUCCAGAAUAUAAAGCAAAAUAUUUUUCUCAUCUCAUAUUGAAGGAUUACACAGAGUUUUUCUUCCGUGAAAACUUUUUCCAAUUCAAAGGUCAUUCAGAGGAGAAACGUCCAUAUGUGACUUCACUGUUAAAAAAUGUUAACGGUAUGUCAGAUUUACGAGGGCUUACCAGUUUUGAUGUAUACACACUACGGCUUACAGAAGAGAUAAAUAAGUGGAUUACUAAUCUAGAUAUUCGUGGUAACGAUCACAACGUUCUUGAAACGGUUAUCAAUGAUUUAGCUACUGAAAUAGUUGAAAGAUACAAGUAUUUGUUACUGAAUCCGAGAAUCAAAGGAACGGAAGCCGAAGAGCUCGAACACUUAAAAUUCCAGAUAUUUAAAUGGACAAAUAAGUUAGAUGGUGAAGGAAAUACAAAAGCUCUAGAACAUGCUCAAGAAUUAUUGAAUGCAAUAAAUAAUAUUCCUAAACCUUCUGUACAAAGUAAUAGUGCAGCCGAGAGUGUGGUACAAGAAACGAAGAAAGAAAAUGACAAAUCUUACAUCGACAUAAUAGUUGAUGAAAUUAAUGACUGGUACAGAGAGUUACCAGCCAAAGUACAUAUGACACAAGAUGCAAGAAUAAACACUCAGUUAAUCAAAGUUUUAGCUCAAGAAAUUGAUAAUGGUCUCAGUAAAAAGGAAGACGGUAUAAUAGACAGGGAAGUAGAUAAGUGGGCUGAAAAAGUCUUCAGUGGAAAAUUCAUUCAUCGUGAAAUUGAACAAUUAAAAGACAGAAUUAAUUGUGCAAUAGAGAGUCGAGAAAAUAAUCCUAGACAUGAAAAAGUUCUUAUCAGAUCAUACGAAGAUAUAGUUGACGAAUGGAUAGAUACAGUUCCCAUUGCACCAAAAAAGGAAGGAGUAUUCAUGAAUAACAAAAACGAGUUAGUUCAUGAAAUAGCUGUAAAGAUAUGCAAAAUACAGACCAAAAUUGACCAUUUGCCACCUGAACUCAUUGAAAAGAAAUUACAGGAAGAACUAUCACAUUGGUUAAAAAAAUUGCCGUUGCAUGUUAAAAUUGACAAGCCUACUGUAAGAGAAAAAUAUGCUGAAAAGCUUGUGAAGAACAUACAGACGUAUAAUAUUCAUGGAUCCACGAGACAAAUUCAAAAAAUAACAACGACACCUUCUAAAGUGGCGCAACUAGAAGACGUAGUGCUGGUGUGGCUUAGGAAACUGCCACUGUACAGGAUCAAAACAUCAAAUGAAAAGAUUCAUUUAGAAGCAGUUAUGAAAGAAUUAGCGCAUAAAAUUGAUAAGACGAUUGUUAAUGGAGAUGGUGACAUUGAUGAUGACAUUACAGAACAUAUCAGGAUGCUCGAUCGAAGAAAAAACGAAAAGCUCAUACAAAAUAUGUCUGCCCAGCUAAAAUCACAUCUGCAGAAGCUUAAUUUACUUACAGACUUAUCUCAACAAAAUAAAGACGAUUUUGUAGCUGGUAGCAUUGACGCUUGGGUAAAGAAUUUGCCCUUACAAAAAUCAGAAUCAAGUCUAUUGGAAAUAAAGAAAAAUGAUUUUGUCAAAAACGUAAGGCGCUUAGUGUCUUCAAGUUCAAACAAUUCUGUUUUAAAGAAAGAGAUAAUAUUUUUUAUGAAAACUCUCCCAUUGAUUCGUAAUCAUAAAGCAGACAUAAGAUUUUUGAAUGACGAAGCAGAUAAACUAAUUCACACUUUGACAGCCGUGCCUGUCGAAGAUGUGUCUAGAGAAAUCCAGAAUAAAACUAACGAAAUAACUUGUCAGGCCAUCAAGAAGUGGGCUGAUACUUUACCACUAAAGUCUGUACACUGUCCGAGAGAGCUCCGAUAUUUUAUCGAUGAUAUGAGCACAGUAAUAACUAUGCUUUUAGUAGACCUCGAUCAUAAUAAGUCGAUCGAAAGUGACAAAAGAUUACACAGAGAAAUUGUUAAAUUUCUGAGAAGGUUUCCUUUACGCCAAGAGCAUAGGACUGAUUCCCACAUCUCACGAAUGGCCGAUGAACUAAUUAAAACUUUGAAAGAAGUACGUUCGUUUGGGGAAAAAACCUGCACUCAGAUGAAUAAAGUUACUGUAGGGGUUGCCUUAGGAAAUGCAAACACGACUGACGAUGUAAAUAUUGAAAGUUUAAAAGACAAUAAUGAUGUACAAAAUAAUAUAGAUAAUUACACAAGAGAGUUGGUACAGCAAAUAAGCGAAUGGUUUGACAGCUUAAACGUUCCUGCAGUGCACAAAGAUGGUUACAAAGAAGUAAUAAUGAACGAUCUAGCCGGAGAUAUAAUAGACAGGCACAAAUAUAUAGAAUUAAACCCCUACACAACAUUGUCAGAUGACAAUGAAUUGGAACAUUUAAAGUACCAGAUAUUUAAAUGGAUCAAUAAACUAGUUGGUGAAGAUAAUCUUGAAACAAUAGCACACGCCGAGGAUCUACUGCAGAGGGUGAAUAAAAUCUCAGUACCAAUGUUGGUGAGACCACAAGAUAGAAAGCAAUCAAAGGGAAACUUAAUUGAAGAACAAAGCAUUAGUCAAACUCCUAAUGAGUCAGCAGAUUCAACGAAACACGAUUCUAAUUCUGGUCCAACUAACACGCCUAGUAGUGGGGGAAGGUUUAGUGGAUCGUCACAGUCCCAACAGGCAAGUGCCCGGGCCGGAAGCAAUCUAACAGACAUAAUCCACAUCAACCAACCAUCUUCUCAGGAUUCCCCACCUUCUUCCCAGGUCCUACCAGAAGGCACUGCCGAUGAAGGCACUAAAGAAGCUGUUUACGAGAAAUAUCAAAAGAUUUUCAGAGCUAAAUGUGACGCAUUGCCUAUAGACAGCUCAACGCCUGAAAGUGCCAAGUUAGCGGAAUUAGCAAAAUCAGCAAUAUACAACGGAAUAGUCAAAACGUUUUUCAAUUUAAAAUCUGACCCGGAUAUAGAAAAUGAUUAUGGAUAUUUCGAGUUUAUGCUGGAAGAGAAAAUAGAAGAGUUAUUAGACGUACUUCCACAGUCGGAUGAAUUAGUGAAGAAAAGACAUGCUUGGAAACUAGAUAUUCUUUCAAACGCAAUUGAUAUGCUUGACGACUUGCACAGUCUCUCAGACAGGCCUUCUUUUAGGCAACGCGUUAAAAAUAAAUUCAAUAGAAAGUUUGCAAAAGAUCUAGAAUUAGAGCAGUGUUUUUUACUACAACAAGGAUUCAUAGCUGAACUAGCUGAUGCAUAUAUUUUAGCCACAAAUUACAAAGAAAAAGAUCCGGUUAGAGCAAAAGCUUAUAGAAGCAGACUGAUGAAGAGAGUUGAUGAUUUAGCAACUCAUCUAGCCAAAGAGCAUAAUGUAGGAUUUAGAUUUUUCGAAAAAGAACAGUUAGGACGUAUUGCUAUGAAAGUUUUGGAACAAGUACCGAUACCGGAGGAAGACAUUUUACAAGAGGAAGCUGAAGCAAUACAGCUUGCCGACGUGGUAGAGAGAUGGUAUAACGAAUUGCCAACCAAACCGACGAUUAACGACACUGAUGGAGUUUUAAGGAAAAGAAUGAUAGAUCUACUGGCAAAAAAGUUGUAUGAUUUGCAUAAACGAUUGAAAGAUCAAGACCCGUCGAAAGAAGGAAAGAUGAAACACGAAAUGAGUCAGUUUUUAGAGAAAAGAGGACAGUUACAAGAAAACCAAGAUUUGAAUAUAAAUUUAAUGGUUGACGAACUGCACCUGAGACUCAAAACAAAAUGGCUGAAAGAACCGAUAGAUUAUGAGGAGUUUGAAAGGUACAAGCCGUUAAGUUCAACUUUUGCUCAAGUAAAUAACGCGGAGUUGUCAUCACCGUUGUCAGAUGCGGCUACUUGUACAAGGCCUAAUCUAAGUAUUCCAAGGCCUGUAGUGGGUCUAGGUCAAAGCUUUGUAGUCCCACCAAUACAUACUAGUACACCGAUUCCUACUUUACAACGAACCAGCUUGUAUGCAGAAGAAAGCGGUUUAAAAGCUAUGAGGCCAAGUCUCCCUUCUCCACUACUUAAAGGUGAAGCACAAACCUUUGCAGAAAGUAUAAGCAUGGGCAAUCAAAUGACUAACACCCCCUAUAUUUCACAAGUAGAGGCUAGAGGUGGGAUCAGCCAGGUCGGACCGAGUGAGGGUUAUAUUUCUCAGCAAUAUACUUCAAUGCAGGGUCCUACGCCAAGCAGAAUUAUAAACGGGGCUCUCGAAGGCAGUCAGUUUGGACCGCAGCCGGGUCCAUCCCCAAUGAGAUCGAAUACGGGAUGCCCACUUGGACCUAUUGGGGCCUCGGGACAGAUUUUUGUACCGGAUGACAACGCUAUGUUGCAGAACAUGGAGUCUGCACCAAGUAAUGGUGGCUUACCAGAGCAACGAUUUGAUCAAAGUAUGCCCAACCAAGCUCAAGGGCCGUAUGGGUCUAAUCAGCUAUAUGUGCCAGGUUGCCAGGGUUCUCGAGGAUCUACUCCAACAGAUUAUCCUGGGUACCAAGCCGGUAGAGGGCCGACUCCUUGCCAUGGAACUGCUUCGGCGGUGCCAAUCGGUCCUGGUGUUUCUGUCGACAUGUAUGACAGUGCAUAUCAAGUAAAAUGCAGAUGUUUCGAAUCCUACCGCAGAAGGAGAAGGUUUUUCGACCAAGACGGAAGGUAUAAACCUUAUGAUUGUAAUUUUUAAAUUGUGUGCGCGUUUGUGAUGUUUUUGUGCUUUUUG